AAACAAGGUCACAACCGGGGGUGUCACUCAGGCUAGUCAAGAAUUCAAUAUGGCGUCUGUGAUUGUCCAAAGAGCGACGUUUGUGAAGCCUUUUAAGCCAAUAAACCUCAAAACGUGGGUGAAUGCAUGUGGCAGUGCUGUAAGAGUGAUUUCAAGGUCCCUAUGUUCAGGUGAUGUCUCAGAUCAGUGGAAAAAUGUUCUUGAUUACUGGUUUAGUCCAGGAGCAGAGAAGAAGUGGUUUCAUGGUGGACCACAAGUGGAUGAGGAAAUGCGUCAAAAAUUUGGAUCCGUGGUUGAAAAAGCUGUCCAAGGAGAGAUGAAGGAGUGGGAGCUGGAACCUAAACCAUCAUUAGCAUUAGUUCUACUCACGGAUCAAUUUACCAGAAGUAUUUACAGGAAUACUGCCAAAGCAUUUGCCGGCGACACCAGAGCCAGAGUCAUUUCACGAAAGUUUCUUGAAGGAAAAACUCACAAUCAUUUGGAUAUAGCUUAUAAUGAAAGAGUCUUCAUCUAUUUGCCAUUUGAACACAGUGAGGACAAGGAAGAUCAGGAACUGUCAGUGGGUUUAAUGUCCAAGCUGGUAGAAGACUUCAAGGGUACAGAUCAUGCAGAAAAUUCCCAGGCAGUUCUGGAGUUUGCCACAAGACACAAGGAAGUCAUAGACAAGUUUGGAAGAUACCCUCAGCGGAACAAACCACUUGGAAGAGAAAACACACCUGAGGAGGAAGAAUUCCUUAACAACACUCCAGAUCGUUAUAAAUGGUAAAACCAGCCAGCCGCGAAUACUUGGCAUAUACAACACAAGCACCAGUUGCGUAGACUGGGGGGGUGGGCACAAGAAGAAUAUGUCUUUGUUGCAUGUUGCGAUCCUUAUGCAACAAGGCUCACACUACAUGUAAGCCCCACUGCAAACCAAGGCAGUGUAAGCCCUCAUUCCAUCUAAUAGUAAAACACACUACUAUAGACACCUUGCCUUUGGAUGCUUGUUUCGCAAAGAUACCUUGUCAUAAUGAUAAGGAUAGAGUCAAUUAAGACCUUGAGACUUACAUGUUUCAGCAUUUUUACACGACUGUAUAUUUGCAAUAUCAUUUUAUUUAAACAAUUAUAUAGACUUUUUUACAUACAAGCUUACCUAUAUUUAUUAAAAUGGUAGUA